AAUUAAAUAAUUUGUUACAAUAUCAAAAAGAUAGUUCUGUAACUAUUCUUAAUUUUUCUCCUUUGGUUCAAAAUGAUGAUGCAAAAUCUCAAUUACAUAAAAUUCUUAAAAACGAAGUUGCUUGUUUCGCUGGAAAUUUUUGUAAAUUGAAAGCUUGGGUUACUCUUAAAUAUCCAAGAAUUAGCACUGAAGAAAAUCUAAAAAUUUCUGCUCAAAAAAGUAUACUUAUAGUUAAAAUAUUUGCAGAAUUAUCACGCAUUGAAGACAGCUCGUUUUUAUUCUUAGACAGCAUUACAAUUACCAAAUUAUGCAAGACAUAA